AUGGAAUCUAAAACUGAGGAGUGUCAUAUGAAAGAAGAGGAUGUCAAAGAGGAAAUAAAUACAACAAACAUGUUUGCAACUGUGUGGGUCAAGGUUGAACCUACCCUUGAUGAAUAUGAUAUGGCUGAAAAUAAACAAAUGAAAAAAGAAGAACUUGAAAGCGAAAAACAAUUUUCAUUGUUUAAUAGUGGAGUUAAUCCAAAACAAAGUAGAGAAGAUGAUUUUCUUCAGUGUUCUCUGUGUAAUUACUCUACACGUUACAAGAACAGUUUGACGCUCCACAAACUGAAACAUAGUGAGGCAAAGCCAUUUGUGUGUGAAUUUUGUGAAUACCGUACAAAGUAUCGUACAGCACUUCAGCGCCAUAAAAGUAUCAAGCAUCAGAGUAAACAGGUUGAAACAGAUGGUUCCGAAACAAUUGCCAGCAAACAAACUCUAGCGUUCAAGUGCGGCUUUUGCGAUUUCGAGACCAUGUACUCGUGCGAAAGCAAGAAACAUAAGAGAAUUCAUUUUCAAGAGAAAAAAGAAUAUGACAUCAAUGAAGAAAGCUUCCAAUGUACUACUGAUCAUACGGAUGUUAACAACAGACAACUAUCUGUUGUUUCUGCUGAAGCCAAGCCUUCUACAGAAUCCAAGCGUUCAGGAGAAACGAAGCUUUUAACGGAAAUCAAGCUAUCAACAGAGUCUAAGCCAUCAACAGGAUCGAAGCCUUCAUCAGAUCCCAAGGAGUGUAUGUAUACUGAUAAACACCAAAAAUCUAACCACUACACCAUAGACUCUGACUCUGUGCAAUGGAGCAACAUACAAGUUCUUGAAUUGAAUGACGGAGAACGUUCCUUCCGGUGUUACAUGUGCGGCUUCGCGUCCAAGUUCAAGGCCACCGUGCAACGUCACUUCCAGAGGCUGCACACGGACAAACUGGACCGGCCAUAUAAAUGCUGCAACUGCAACUUCUCCACCAAGACUAAGGACCAAAUCACGUUGCAUAACAAACGGAGCCAGUCUAACCAAAGGUUGCACUGCUCUCAAUGCGAAUUCAGUACCUUGUUCAAAUGCCAAUUAGUUAUGCAUCAAAAGAUUCAUAACGAGUACAAAUGUAGUAAUUGCGAUUACUCGUGCAAAAACAAAUAUGAUUUGGACAUUCACUUUUCUGCCCAGCAUUUGGGUAAAUUUUUCAAGUGCAAGUUUUGUGAGUACAAAACGGCACGCAGGGACAGCCUGAUGAGCCACGAAGCCACGCACACUGGCGACAAGCCACUCAAAUGUCCCGAUUGCGAGUACAGGACGGUUAGGAACAGCUCAUUGAUGAAUCAUAUAAACAGAAAACACAGUGAACGCCUAAAGACG